GCAUAGUGUGCGCCCCGGGGAGUGACGGGCAGUAACGCUGACACAUCGGCAGUGAAGUGUGAACAUGUCUGGACCAUGCCAGCCCCGUGUGCCAGUCAUUAGGGUGCAGCUUGUGAUCAUCCAUGUUUAGAUCGCCACAGAUUUCCUUUGACUCUUUGAUUCGCUAUAUCUCCCGGGAUGGGGGCCCAUUUCUAUCAGCUGAUCGGUAUCCUACUCAUCUUUAAGCUAGACAGCUCAGAAUCUGCAGACUGUUUGGAGAAUGAAUAUGAAGAUAAACAAGGAAACUGCGUCCCAUGCAAGCAAUGUGGACCAGGUUAUGAGCUUUCUGAGGAAUGUGGCAGUGGAAGAGAAAGUCUGUGUCUGCCUUGUAGACCUGGGAGAUACAAAGAAGACCGAGGAGAACAUUGCCUCCGAUGCCUCAACUGUGCCGUAAUAAACCGCAGUCUAAAAGCUAACUGCUCUCUCACUUCUAAUUCCAUCUGUGGAGAUUGUCUACCCGGGUUUUACAGUAAAACUCAAAUCGGAGGAUUUCGUGAGCGUGAGUGCUUCCCAUGUACUGCUCACACACCUCGUACAGAGAGUCAGUGUUACCCUAAGCCUGGGCCACCUACCAGUACUACCCCCCCUCCUCAGGAUCCUGUACUUCUAGUGGCUGUUAUAAUGGUGGCUUUGUCAUUAAUCUUGGUUACCUUAGUGACCUUCUCAGUCAUCUGUUGUGGACGCUUUUUGAAAAGCCAAUUCCAGAGAGCUUUCAGAAGGUCACAAGAUUUUGCAGGGCAACCUGGCAGGUUAGAUGACAGACAAAGGGAGUCCACUAAUAACUCCCAUGGGGAGCAACAAGUCCCUAAAUGCUGUUUUGGAUCACCUGAAAUUUCUGGACAAGCCAAAGCGGCGACAUUGGAGGAAGUACAUGUGAUUUCAAAGAGCAUCACCUCAAAUUCCUGCACAGUUUCCACCGCGCUGUGUUCCUUGACGCCAUCGGUAGAGCUCUGUGCCAUACCUUCUCCACCCGUGAAGCCUCAUUAUUCCCGUAGUGUAUCAGAGACUCAACCACUGAUCCGAAACUCAGGUUGCAGUGACUGCUUCUCUGGCUCUGCACCUGCCUCAGACCCUAACCAGGGAGUGUUAGAACAACUUCCAUUACAAGCUCAUUCCUGUGCAUCAGAGAAGCAGCACUGGUCUCAUGCACCUGUGGAAUGCACCGAGCUGGAUUUAGAGAACUUCUCAGAAGAUGCCAGCCAGGCUCACUUAGGAACUAACAAGAAAAAACCCAGUCUGCCUACCUGUUCAUGCCCUACGCCUGGUGGUUCCAGUACUCAGGAUGAGACGUGGGAUGAACUUGUGUCCUGCUUGGAUAGCACAACUUUAGGUCUUCCAAUCUCUCAGAUUCCAGAUUCUCUGCUUGUAUUACUUGCACAUAAACUGGACACUAUGACUCAUGGAGUGCAAGAUUUCAAGGACAUAGGAAUUGCUCUAGGGGUUCAGCCACAUCUUGUGGAUCGCAUGGCAGGAUUUAGGGCAUUGCACAAGUACCUGUCUCCCAACACCUCAUGUACGCUGCUGCACUUGGUGCGCACUCUUCAGAGACUGCAACGCAGAGACGCUGUGGCCAUAAUUUGCUCACAUUUCAGCCAGUAGUCUUCUGCUCUUGUGAAAAUGCAUUACGAUUACUAAGUGCAUAUGCAUUAGACAAGCUACUGCAUCUUCUGUGGGGUCAUUGUUCUUGUAAUAUUUGACUAUACCACUGCUGGAACUAAGCCCACAUGGUUUGUGCAGAAUCUCAGGCUGUAGUAAGUCUCACUAAGGAGCACUUACAGACACCUCAGCCAACCUCUUGGAUGACUUUCAUUCCUCAAUAGAGAACUUCCAUGUAUUGAAUCCUUUCUGUAUUUUGAUGUAACAUUAUUAUUGUCCAACUCCUUUAUUGCUGCAAAAACUAAAGCCACAAUGAACAAGUAUAGAACAGUGAGAUCACUUUUGACAUUGUCUCUGUACGUGCGAUACUGUUCUGUUGAUAUACAAAUUAAUUUUAUUCUGUUGGAGUCUACAUCUAAAGAAGGUCACUGUCAUUUUCAGGUAUUAGUAGAUACCUACAAAUGCAUAUUGUGUUUCUAGUGGUAUUAAAAAAUGUGAAUUUCAUUGCUAUUUUAGGCCCCAAAAAGAAUGCAGUAUUCUUAAAACAUUUACUAUCACUUAUAAUAACUUAAGACAUAUGGUUCAUACAUGUCCAAAGUUUAGAUGACACCAGGUCUCACUCUAUUAGAUCCACAGCGAUCAUGAAUUAUAACCUGCUUCACUCCCCAGCCAGUCGCUCGAUAUGACUGGUGCUCUCUAUUAUAGUCUAUGGAGCACAUCUGUCGUGCAUCAGUCAGUUAUAGCUCAUGAUGGUGAAGUCUUGUGACCCGGUGCGAUCUAAACUUUUUGCAUGACUUGAUGAUGCCAAAAAUGUAUAUAAGUAAAAAAAAAUCUGGUUAGUAUAUUGUAAUGUCUACCAUUGGCCUAUAGAUGACAGUCUAUGCCUGCCUUAAUUUUCUAUGACUGAAGUAAGGGAGUCUCAUCUUCCUUUUAAAUGCAGCUUGUAAAAAAAUACCUUGGCAUUUUAUAACCUUUUUAUAGUAUUGGUCUAAAAAUGUGCUUGUCCUUUUAUUGCCAUUUUCUAGAAGUGGAGUUGAUCGCACUGUGACAAGGUAUUAUUUCUUGCUGAGUACAAUACAUUGACACUUGAAAUUUAUAUUUUAAUGAAAUUUCUCUUUACAAUCAGUCAGUUGUUGACCAAGUCGAACUUAACAGCGCAUAGAGUAUGUCUCACUGUUGUGUAUAUCACAUCAUUUUAUGAUGUAGCAGAGGUGAGUUUGUCGUUUGCCACAUCUCUUCAAACUAUCACAUUUUGUUUAGCAGUGAUUGUUCAUAGAAUUGCAGGUAAAAGUCUUAACUCAGUGAAUAAUUAUGAUGCACAAAACAAGUGACAGAUUCGGCUGUGCUACAUACCACUAUCUUCAUAUUGUAUGCUGGAAUAUUGAGUUUAUUCUUUUAAAGCUUUAUAAGUCACUAUUUUAUUUCUCCUGCACUAUGACCGUAAUACUGAGCAGUGUUCAUGUGUGAUCCACACUUUUAAUGUAAUAUUAGUGUGAUGUGCCAUAGACAGAGCCCUAAAAGUGGAGCUCCAUUUUCACUAAGAUUUGCCAUGUAACAUUCUGCCAGUUGCUUCUGUACGACUACCUAAAAAGUGCCAGUCUGUAUUCUGUAGAACUGUAAAUAUCUUUGGAGAAAACUCUUGUAAACUCUCUGUAAAAAAUAUCAUAGUUACAUGGAUAUGCAAUGUUUUGUCUGGUAGAGACGCACAAGGUAUGAUAUUAUGGAAAGGUGUGUUGUAUAGUUUAGAGGAUUUCACUUUAAAAUGAGUGCUGUUAGCACCAUCCAAAUUAAAAGAGUUAUCUAGCCUUAUAACGUUGAAGUACAUUAAUUUUAUACGACUGGAUAAUCACUUUUUGUAAAUGUUUGUAAAUUUAAUAAAAUAGAUUAAUUUGGCAACCAGUAAUCCAGUACUUCACAGUACAGAAUUACAAUUUAAUGUGUAGUUUUAUUAGAUCAAAAAGAGAAGCCUGAACCAGUUAAGCAAUUCCCCUGAUUAAAAUAAAUAUAAAACAAUAUACAAAUAUAUAAUAAUACACAUGAAUAAUAAUUUUCAUUCUUUCCAAAUACUGCAAAGGAAUUUAUACAUUCAAACUAUUGUUUUUCUUUAUUAGUAUGCAUCUUUAACCAUAUUUUUUGAGGAAAUUUUGGGUUGUUUUUUUCUACUUUUACAUUUAACUGUAAAUUUUAAGCCCCACCUCACCCACCCCUCACAGUGACCUCUGUGCUGGUCACAGAGCAUGCCCCCAAAACGUUCUCUCAUAGAAGUCAUUCAGUCCAGUUUAUUACGUACCGUGAUCCAUAUGGCUACGGUAAAGUGGUUCUCUAAAUGCUAUUAUGGGUAGGGUCACAGGUGACAUGCCAGUCACAAGAUCGAAUUCCCUUCUGUGUCCAGGUAGCCCUGUGUGUCUGCUCAUAGCAGCGAAUUUCCCUCUGCAUUUUUGUUUGAGCAGAGACACAGGGCUACCCCACCGCAGCAGGGAGCUUGCUCUAGUGGCUUGCGUCGAGGCAUCUGCAGCAUGUGAACUACAGAUGUGCUAUGUGUGAACCUACCCUAGGCUACCUGGUGUUGUUCCAUUUAAAAUCUGCAUCAAGGAACAACAAGGCACUAUUUUUUCUGCAAAGUAGAUCUUAAACCUGUGAUGCAAAUUUUUUAUUGGAAUAAAGAGAAUGUGUAGACCUGUAUGGUGUAGAUUUCAAUGCUAAAUCUCAAUUGGAGUAAACAUGGGGGGAAUUCAUCAAGCCGUUUACUUUUUUUUUUUUGCUUAUAUUUGUUGCAUUAUUUGUUGCAUUUGAUCGCGUGCGACUAUUUGAUGCGCCAAACCGUUUACGCCGCUUUUUAUACCAAAAUGUGUUUUGUUUAAAUUUAGCCGUUUUGGUCCAGUGGUCACAAAUUUAUCAUGUGCGACAAACGCAUAUAGUCGCCCAUUUUGUCGCAUCCUAUGUUCAUUUGUUGUAUUUCUAUACCAUAUAGUUUAUGGUGUAGAAAAAACGCUGUCCAGGAAAACCGUCCAAAAAACAGCUGUCCAAACCAGAUUCAUCAAACAGCGUACACCUUGCGAUGAAUUUUAACCUGGACAACCAAAAAUUAAGCAAAAAAAAAGGGGGGGGGGGGGGGGUAAAAACAUACAGAGGACAACCAUUUUUGAUGAAUUCCCCCCAUAGUGUAUUUUCAAUUUCAACCUAAAACAUAAAUUUUUUUUUUUUUUUUCUUACUGCAUGAAUAAACCCAUACUGAUUUCAGACUGCAAUAGGUAGCUCUCCGAUAAGACAAUGCUGGGAAAUCAAUGCAGAAUGUACAGUAAAUAUUGGGGGCAAUAAUAUAUUGCUGGGUGUCUGUAUUGUGUAUAUGGCAUUACAAAUAGUUUUUUAUACAAAAUUCUGUGAAUAUGGCUGCUGAAGUUUUAGACACAUGAUCACCUGCUUGUUGGUAACUGUGGAAUAAAUUAAUGUUGUGACUUUCAGAAUUCAAGCAUGUUUCCUCUGUGAUCAAUCUGUGUUCUAUGUUUUUUUAUUAUUUUUUUUAUUUGUUAUUCUUAUACUACGUGUUGGAUUUAUGUAUUUUGUUAUGUUCAUUAAUUUAAUUUAAUAAAAGGUA